GGCAUCAAAUUUUCAGGGCUCCAUCCACUCAUACUGGAUUAUGAGACUUGAGGCAAAAUGGUUUGUUAGCUAAGUUCGUUAAUCAUCUCCUACAUGGAUAUAGAUGCUUUGCCCCUUAGAACAAAGAAUCCCAUAUCUGUUGCAGCAAUGCACAUUCAACCAGUUGAAACAAAUCCAUGCCUUCAUUCUCACAACCUCCCUUCUCCACGACAUCCAAAUUUCCUCAAAAUUUCUCCGCAGAAGCACCGAAUUCGGAGCUAUGGAGUAUCCCAGUCUUGUUUUCUCUCAACUUGGAGGCGUUUUCAAUACAGAUAUCAUGAUUUGGAAUGGUAUGAUAAGAGGAUAUGCUUACAAUGGUCCCGUCGAUAGAUGCAUCUCAAUGUUCGACGAAAUGCUUCAAAGAGGACUUAAACCCAAUAACUUCACAUACCCAUAUGUGUUGAGCUCAUGUUCUGAGAUGGGUUGUUUUGGUAGAGGCAGGAAAGUGCAUGCCCAGAUCAUGAAGUCCGGAUUUGAGUCGAAUUUCAUUGUUGCUGAUUCAUUGUUGAAUAUGUAUAUAAAGAUGUCAGACUCUUUUGAAUUGGGAGGUGUCAGAAAUGGGAAAUUGAAUGAUGCUCGUAUGAUAUUCAAUGGAAUUUGUGUCAAACCAGUUGAAUUGUGGAAUAGGAUGAUCUCUAAAUAUGUUAGUAAUGGUGAUGUAGAGUCUGCAAGGCAGCUGUUUGACAAUAUGCCUGAAAGAGAUGUCAUUUCUUGGAAUUCAAUGAUUUCGGGUUAUGCCAGAAUUGGGGAUGUGGCUAAUGCAAGAUAUUUAUUUGAGCAGAUGCCGGAGAAGAAUGUGGUGACUUGGACUUCGAUGAUUGGGGCAUAUAGUGGUUCAGGAGACCUUGAGACUGCAGCAUGUCUUUUUGAGAAAAUGCCAUGCAGGAAUGCGGUUUCUUGGAAUGCUAUGAUUUCAAGCUACACCCAGAAUGGAAAGUAUGAAAAAUCGUUGGAUCUCUUUGUGAAAAUGCAGUUGGAAGGUGUGGAUUCAGAUGGGUUCACCUUUGUUUCUGUUUUGUCAGCUUGUUCCAACUUAGGUGCUCUGGAGUUUGGGAAGUGGGUACACUCUCUGAUAAAAGAUUGGUCUCAGUUGGGAGUUAUAGUAGGGACUGCCCUCAUGGAAAUGUAUGCUAAAUGUGGAGAUGUAAAUAGAGCUUUUGCGGUCUUUGUCAAACUUGGGAACAAGGAUGUUUUUUGCUGGAAUGUUAUGAUCAAAUCACUAGCCAUCCAUGGAAGAACAGAAGAUGCAGUAAAACUUUUCUUCUUGAUGCAAAAGAUAGGAUUGAAGCCUAAUGGCUACACAUUCAGUAGUGCAUUAUUUGCUUGCAGUCAUGGAGGUUUGGUAGAAGUCGGUCGUGAAAUCUUUUAUGGUAUGGAAAGAGAUUUUGGGGUUUGUCCAAAGCUUGAGCACUUUGGAUGUUUGAUUGACUUGCUUAGCAGAAAUGGCCGGCUUGAGGAAGCUGAGGCUCUAGUGAGGGAGAUGCCCUUUGAGCCAGAUAUUGCUAUUUGGGGAGCUCUGCUUGGAGGUUGUAGAGUGAAGAGUGACUUGAAGUUGGCAGAGGAAGUGGUGGAGAGGGCUGGUGGAUUAGAAGCAAAUGAAUCAGGAGUUUAUGUGCUUUUGUCUAAUAUUUAUGCAUCUGCAGGUCAAUGGCCGGAGGCUUUAAGUGCAAGAGAGAAGAUGGAAGAGAAGAAAGUGUGGAAGAAAGCAGGGUGCAGUAGUGUUAUUCAUGAUAUUCAUAUGGAUGUCUGAUGCUCAUAGAGAUAUGCAACUUGCAGGAAAGAUUCAGAUGAAAAUCAUAUCAUAUAAAUGCAGUUGUGAAUGAAGAUUCAGAAUUCGUUACAACAAUUCAGGUGAAAUGUCGAUGAAAAUGAUAAUUAUUAAAGAAGUCAACCCAUUGGUUCGAAUAGAAGAUCACUUCCUUGUACAAAGUCGAUGAAAGUAUUGAACUUGUAUGAUCUCAUUGACAUUGAUUUGUUGAGCUUUUUUAUUUUAAACUGGUAUGAAAUUCCCAACCGUUUGUUUUGCAAACAUUCACAGUUUCUUUGCUUUUAA